UCUGGACCCAAAAGCUAUGAUACCGCGUACGUCUGCAUCUAAUGUUUACCGAAUGAAUCGGCAAAACGACUAGAUUCCUAUCAUAAUAACAUUGAAGUAAAGUGUUUUCGUAAUAAUCAUCAAAUAAUAUAAUAAUGUACAGUUUUGAAGGAGACUUUCGUAGGAAACCAGUUGUGUCUCUUCGGGGCGCUAGUAAAAAGGAGGAAAGAACAACACUGUUAAAGCGAGCUCAAGAAGAACGAAAUAAAAGAGAAGAUCAAAGAUUAAGACAAGAAAAUGCCAUAAAGAUCCAGAAAUAUUACCGUGGCCACAGGAUACGAAUGGAACAGAAAGGAGCCAUGCAAUUCCAGUUUGAUAAAAUGAAGACAAUGGUGGGGAAAGGACCAUACACUGAAAAUACCCUACAAGAGUUUGUGAAGUUGAUCUGCAAGUUUUAUGCAGACAAGGUGGAUGGUGAACGGCUGGUAUGGCUGUGUCAGCUGCUGGUGAAGCAUAAAGACGUCUACCUGAGAAUUCUCACCAGUGAUUCCACUCAGGGACACCUGCAGAUCAAGAACAUCCUGACACUUUGUCUCAGAUAUCUGACGAGUAUUGUUGACAGUGGACAGUCCAUAGCAAUCCCCAUGCGUAUGUUGGAGGUAUUCACAACUCCUACCACUUUACAAAACCCCAACUUUCUUAAGACCCUGUGGCGAUGUCUCAUUGAAAAGGGGUAUUUUGAGUGCAUGCGUCGCCUUUUGGAGCACAAGCUGCCAGGCAGCAUGGAGAGGGGUCCCCAGCCCCCCACACCUGUGGCUGGCAGCAUUCUUGACCUGGUCAUGCAGCCCAUCUGCUAUGCUGCGCAGUGUAAAGACUCAGCAUUCAGUCAACAGGUUCUAAGUUAUGUUUGCAAGACGUUGCUGUGUCCAGCCUACUCAGAGCAGGUCUCACAGUUCCUCAUACCUGCAAUGGCGUAUGGCAAAUACCCAUUUCCCUUUGUGGAUCUGAUUACCACCUUGAUCACAGGGAGCAAAGAACAAGGUGCUGGGAAGAACAAAGGCUCCGGCCAGUCUUCUUCCGAGAAGCCUGCACCUAUUGAAAAAACAGCAUGGCUUCUGGGUGCAUUUGUCACUCUUGGAGCUAAGGCACUGGAUGAUCUUCCCCACUCUGCAGUGUGUGGGUACCUGCAGGUGAUACAGUGGUUACUGCCUUCAUUGCCAGCAGCCCGUGAUGAUGAUGAUGAUGACGAUGAUUCUGAUGAGGAAGAGGACAUGGAAACAGAUGAUGAUAGUGAGCUGGCAGAGGUCAGGGAGGCGUGUCUGUCAGCCCUGGACUCACACACACACGUCAGCCAGAUAGUGGGACUGGUGGGGAAGGUUCACUGCAAGGCACCCGUACUGCACGCUGUAGCCGUCAUAUGUCACUGUUUGAUCAGCCAGCACAGAUACUCCAUCCAUAGAAGAAGAAUGCUGUUCAGUCUUGCUUACAAUCCCACAUUUAUAAGAAAUCUGUGGAAGUUUUGUGUUCAAGAAUCCACGGUCACCCACACCAGGGAGACCAAGCCCCUUAUUCACCUGCUGAGCUGCAGUCAGGCUAUGGAGGGGACCGACAUGGCUCGUAUUGUCCCAUUGCUGUCUACAUUCUGCUCCAUGUUCAGCCAUUCUCUCCACACACUGCACGAUGCUGACUUUUAUGGGGGUAUCAAAGGUCCUGGAUCAAGUAUGCCGUUUGAAUUGAAAGAAGUAGAGAAUAAUGUCCAGCUGGCCCAUCCAGACGCCAGGCCAACAGUCAAUGAUGACUACAGACGUGUUCUUGCUAAUAAAGGCCAGAGGAAGGAUACCAAGGAGUUGAGCAAGGAAACCAAAGAGUGGGGGAAAUGCAUCGUUGACCGUAUCAACGCGGAGGAAGGCGGACAACCCGCUGUCAAACAGGACGUCAAGAACCUCGUAAUUCUCACUGAGCUGCCCUUCUGUUGUAGCUUCCAUGACGAAAGAGUGAAGUUGAAUCAGUCAUGCUUACUGUGUGUGUUCAGUUGA